UUUUUCCUAGACACGGAUCGGAGUUGUGUUGAUCACCUUAUAUAUUGCCUCUCGCCCAGCCUCCGUAAACGAAAGUAAAGCAUAAUUUUCAUUGCACAGAUCCCAAAACUUUAUGGCGUCUCCAGGUGAAUUCCUCGUCGUUGUCGCCUACGCGCCACUAGCAGUGAUCGCAUUAAUGCUUACCGGAGAAUCAGUGGCGAGGGAGCUCCGGCCGUCAGAUCAUGGCCUUGUCUUUCAGGACUCACCGCCGUCGGCGUCGGGAGGAGUGAACUAUCCACCGGAGAUGAUGUCGUUCUUCAACGGACAGAACUCGUCGUCGGAAUCGUCGACCUCUUCUGGUAUGGCAUUGCCGAAAGCUAUGAAUACGAGUGAUUCCCCGUCAUCGUCAUGGUGGACCGGCGACGCCGGAGGCGGUCGCCAUAGAGAUCACGUGAGGGACGCUCUAAUUGUGGCCAGCUUGGUGUGUGGUGUUACAGGUGUCGUUAUACUAGCGGCUUCAGGUUUGCUUUAUCUCUUAAGGUACAGAAAGAACAAGUUCAGUGAAACGACGACGUGUGAAAAUAAUAACAACAAAUUGGAAUUAGCGAUCCGCAACAGUUAAAUCUUUUAUUAUGUAUUUACCUGUUUUAGUUUUUUCUUCGCUGAUAUUUACGUUUACCCCCUGGAGUUAAUGUCCGCGAGGACCAUGACAUAUUCGCAGUUUUUUUUUUUUUUUUGUCAAAUAUAUUCCCAGUUUCCUUGGUCAUGACAUAGUUGAUAGUUCACGCAUGAU